UUUAAAGCUGCUCUUUUGUCCGGCCGCUAGUGCUGGACUAUAAAUUGGACGGUCCAACUUUCUCUCUGCUACACUGUGUGUUCACUUGUCUGGCAGGUUGGACGACAUCCAGUGGGCAACAAUGUCGCAGUACUCUGGAAAGAUCACCUUCUAUGAGGGGAAGUGCUUCACCGGCAGGAAGCUGGAGGUCAGAGGAGACUGUGACAACUUCCAGGACCGCGGCUUCAUGAACAGGGUGAACUCCAUCCGUGUGGAGAGCGGCGCCUGGAUCUGCUUUGACCAUCCCGACUUCAAGGGCCAGCAGUACAUCCUGGAGCACGGCGAGUACCCUGAGUUCCAGAGGUGGAACUCCCACAACGACCACAUGGGUUCCUGCAAGCCCAUCCGCAUGCAUGGAGAGCACUACCGCAUCGAGCUGUUCGAGGCCUGUAACUUCUCUGGCCAGUGUGUGGAGAUCUGCGACGACUGUCCCUUCCUGCAGAGCCGAGGACUCUCCAAGAACUGCAUCAACUCCGUCAAGGUCUACGGAGACGGAGCCUGGGUGAUGUAUGAGGAGCCUAACUUCCGCGGUCGCAUGUACAUCGUGGAGCGUGGCGACUACUGCAGCCACAAUGAGUGGCAGGCCCAGAACCCCAACAUCCAGUCCAUCCGCAGAGUCGUCAACUACUUCUAACCCUCUUCUGUUCUUCUACCGGCACUGAAAUCAUGUACAAUAAAUAAAGUCAGACUAACACAAGAAAACAGCUUUUUUAUCAAA